AUGGUUUAUAAAGUUGGAGAUAGAUUGCAAAUAAGCAGUGAAUUAUGCAUCAUUAGAUUUAUUGGAACGAUCUCAGACUGGGGUGAAGAUAUUACUGCAUAUGGUCUAGAAUGGGAUAAUAUAGAAAGAGGGAGACAUGAUGGUGAAGUAAAUGGAACGCGCUACUUCAGCACUCUAACUGGUAAUUCAGCAACAAUAAUGAAAGAGUCGAAGUUAUUGCAGAGUUUGGAUGCAGACAGGACAUUGUUACACGCAUUAAACACGAAAUAUGGUGAUAACUUGCGUAGCAUUGAGACGAUGUAUAUAGGGUCUAAAAAAUUGGAAUCAUAUGGUUUCGAUAAACUGGCUCAGAUAUACAAUGACUACUCUAAUUUAAAGUUAUUAUCUUUAUCACGGUUAUGUGUUAGAUCAGCUGGGUCUUCCGAAGAAUUAGCAGAGCUUUCUGAAAGAUGCACAAGUGUUGAAAGUUUGGAUUUAUCUUUCAACCUAUUGACAGAUUUCAACGAGGUGGUAACUAUUGUUUCAAAAUUGCCAACUAUCCGCCAAUUAGAUGUAAGUGGCAAUGUGUUUCAAAUGAAUUAUUCUGAACAGGUAGUAUGUCCAAAUCUGAAAAGUCUCACUUUGGUAUAUUGCCGCCUUACAGCAGAGUUUAUAAAACUUAUAAUGAGAUCGUUUCCGAAUCUUGAAUCAUUGAAUGUACAAGAUAACAAUAUCAAUUGCCUUGAUGAAGUUACAGUUCCCAGGAGCCUCAGGGAGCUCAACAUAUCCCAAAAUGGAAUCAAGAAACUCCCACCUACCUUUUCGUCAGCAUUUAUCACUACAUUACUUGUAGCAGAAAACGAAAUAUCUGAUAUAUCUCUAGAUACCUGUGAUAGUAUUCAAAGACUAGACAUUUCUAAGAACAAAAUAGAUAAUUGGGCAACUCUAGACAAAAUAAACUUGAAGUUUCCAAAUUUAAAAGGUUUGAGAAUCGAUGAGAACCCAUUUUGUUCUGAUGAGUCCUCAGAAACAGACAGUUUCUAUCAAAUUAUUGCUAGAGUAUCCAAUAUAACUAUGCUUAAUGGCAGCAUAUUGACUAGAGAGCUUCGUGAAGAUGCAGAGUUUUAUUUUAUUUCUAAGGUUCAAUCGGGGCUCAUCUCAUAUGACAGGUUAUUACAUCGCUGGGGUUCGCUCAUGCAGCACCAUAAUAUUUCUGAAAGAGAGGCGUCAUCAGAAACUGCAAAUUUCAUAGCGAACCGUAUAUGUCGUAUUAAAGUCCAUACGGUCGAUCCACUAGAAUUUGAAUUGAAUGUAUUGAAUAGUAUAUCAGUCCGUUAUCUAAAAAGCCUUAUUGCGAAGCACAUAAAUGCAGAUGUGCUGUCGGUGAAACUUACCUAUUCGAUAGUGCCAGACAUCAUCAUCAGUUUCAAUCAUGAAUUUUCGUCAAUAAGUAAUUUUGGUAUCAGCACAGGAUCUAAUAUAUACGUUACUUUAGAUAAUGUACAUUGA